UGGCACUCAAGGCCAGGUGAAUGGAAACUAGGCUAACAUUAAGGUGCCACUAGAUCACGUCAGUGGUUAUCAGUUGAUCGACUGUUUUCACGAAUGGGUUGGUUUAUCAGGUACCAUUUCGAAAAUUUAAUGGUUUUUCGGUGUUGCCGACGUUGCCCGGAUGUGUGAUUUACAUGUGACGCAAAGUUUAAAUACGGGAGGCUAUGUUGCUCCAGAUACCAAAGGAAUGGGGCGCGGCGUUGGGAGCGCUGGUUUCCGCGAGCAGGUGGUGGGCCUGGGCUACCUGUGGGAGACGUGGAGCGAAGCGGAGCAGGUGGUGGUGGUGUACUCCCUGGUGAGGCGCCUGGGCGCCGUGCCCGCCAAGUUCCUGCUCAACGUCCUCAACGCCCAUCAUGCCACCGCGCCCGACGCCGCUGACCUCAGCGCCAUGGAGGCCACGGCGAAUGAUCCAGCAUGGGUAAGCCAGAUUCCAGAGGGCAAGGACGGAGGGGCUUCGGAUCUCCUGCACCAUCUGCCUCUCCUCCGACCUGCGAACACGGAAGCCAAACUGCAGUAUCUCUCCAUUAUACCCAAGGUGCUGGCACACGCUGUCACCUCAGCUGGGAGCCAACCAGCUGCCCUGGAGAACGCCCGCCAGAUCCUUAGCUACAGCCUCAUCCACCCAGCUAUCACUGGGGACGAGCGGCGUGCCCUGACCCACUGGCUGAGGGCCCUUGAAGACAGGUUAGCCGAGCUCAGAAGGAGAUCCCAGAGCCAACAAAGGGAAGGGUUGGGCAAUGCUUGUAACCUGGGAUCAUCAAGUAAUGUUGCGACAGGAAAAUCCCAUUGGACGGAGCCUCCGUUAAUACCUCCUCCUGAUACUGGCCAGCAGGAUGACACUGGAUGGUGCAGUACCGGCGGUGCUACAGCUAUUGGGGGUUCAGGAGAUCAGUCACCUAAUAAUUCGGCUACUUCCUCUCGGUCUUCCGGCUGUGAUUCCAAUCCUGAGGAGCCCUGCCAGCCCCAUCCUGGCAUGAGAGAUGUCGGAGUUUGGCUGAAGUCUUUGCGAUUGCACAAAUAUUCACCUCUUUUAUGUAACCUAACCUACGAAGAACUGUUGGCAUUAGACGAAUCCACUCUGGAAAGUCAAGGUGUUACCAAAGGAGCAAGGCACAAAAUUGUCCUUUCUAUUAGUAAGCUUAAGGAACGACACAAGCAGUUAGUUCAAAUCGAAAAGGAAGUGAUGAAUGGUGGAAAUUUAUUCAGCUGCCUCAACGAACUCAAGUCCAUAAUAAUUACUCCAUUCCCACCCUACAAACCUAUGUGUGACCAAGCUCAACCCUCCCAAAGUCAACCUUCAAAUACCUCAACUUUGAUUGUGGACCCAGCUAUAUCCCCUCCACCCCCUACUUUACCAGUAUCCUCUCCGACUCCUGUGUCUACUAACCCUGCGUCUUACUCUGGAUCAUCCACCACCACGACUACAGCCUCUUCCACUUCUUCGUUAUCUACAUCCAACUCGUCUUCUGCUUGCUCUUUAAGGGGCGAUGAUAGAGAGCUGAUGAAGGAGGACAAGGAUGAAUCUACAAGACCAGCAGCUGUUGAAGGUGAAAAUAAUAACACAAUACCAGAGAACGAUCUUCCAUCACAGUUUACACGGGUUAUGGGAAAAGUAUGUACACAAUUGUUAGUUAGUGUAAGACCUGAGGAUGAAUGUGUGAGCACGUUUUUGGGACUGGUAGAAAAGUGCGUCAAUCAUGAGGCAUUCACUGCCACACAUGCACGCCGCCUGCAGUCUUGGAAGCAGCAGAUUAUCCGUGUAUGGCAUCCACUUCCACCCAAAACCAAGGACAGCCGCCAUACUCGCAGAUGGAGUCAGCAGUAUGGUGGAGAUGGGUUUGUUGGUGGAUCCUUCAGAGGGCCAAGAGUUAGUGGGCAGCGUCAUUCCCAUAUUCCUGCUGGACUUCUUAUGGGAGGAAAAGGUUUUCCUACGCCACAGCCACAUCCAUUAUUUCCUCUUCCUCCUGCAGCAGCUGCAGCUGCUGCUGCCGCCAGCUUAGGUGGAUUGAUGAGCCCUCGCAAUAGUCUGCCUGGCCUGCCAUCUCUUGGGGUUGGUGGGCUGCUUUCCCCGCAACAGUUCCUUGCCAAACGGCCAUCACUUCAGGAAACUCCAUCAGAGCUUCGACCGCACAUCACUCUACAGAGAACAAGAUCAGCACCUUCCCGUCCUCAUCAGUUGCCUCUAACAGGGCAUGCACGCCCUGUCCCUCCACCAACUACGUCUUCAUCAUUAGCACCUGGCAGCGGUGGAAGUGGGUGUGGUGAAAUGCGCAUGGCUGGAUCAACGGGAACCGUACUAGAGCCUCACUUCUCACCGGCAUCUUCCUAUUCCAAUUUAGGGCCUCCCCCUCCAUCAUCUCCAGAUCUCGCAGAUAACGAAUUGACAGAUCGUUUAGAAUCACUCUGUCUUUCCGUUACUGAGCAUGCUCUAGGUUGAGCAUGCAUUGUUGUCAUCAAAGAUCUCCAUCCACAAACAAAAGUAUAUUUAUUGAAUUGUAAUGGUAUGAUAAUUUAUGUUUAGAAAAUUAAAGAAAGCUAGUCAUAUAUUGUAUAAUUUUGAUAGUUGUUUUUGAAUUUGAAAUUUUAAUAUGUAAAAUUACAAAAUAUGUGGAAAGUGUGUGGAAUCUGGUUUAAGUAUUCAAAUUAAUCUCAUCGUUGUUUAUGGUAAUCAGGCCAUAUUUUGUUGUAUAUGUACCUUACGAAUUGACCCAAGAACUGCCUUAGUAGUUUUGCUAGAUGAAUCCUAAUUAAAGCAAGAAGAUCUUGCUUGUUCAAAAGAUAGUGGAUGUAGUUCUUAUUUUGAGAGUUAAAGUAAAUUUAUAUAUAAAAAUGAGAUGUGCCUGCCAUACUUUGGACCACAAGGAGAAAUUUCAUAAGCAUAUCCUUUGCUGUGCAGGGAUGCCACAUAUCAAGCUGUGCUUGAGAGUGGCCUAGUAACUCCUCUGUGACCAAAAGUCGGCCAUAUAUUUUUCUUUUUCGUAUCCUUCCUUGUUCCCAAUAUCUUCACAGAUGUGAGAAAGAUGGCUGAUAAGUUUAUACCCCCAAAUUUCUCAUUUCUUUUAAUUUAUUAUUUUAACUUUAUUUAUCUUUGUCUUCCUAGUGAAUUUUUCCUAACUUUGUCACUAUCAUAUGAAAGGCCGUGAAAAUGGCUGCACUUUAAGUACCGCAGCAACUUCACGCCUCCUCCACGCCAGCAUGAGAGCUACUGUGUGGCAUUAUAAUAUAACAAAACUUACUGUCAAUUGCAUUUUUUAAGGAGUAUUUAUGCCCAGAUCAGCUGUAAAUAUAUACUUUGCUUUAUUUGCAAUUGCUGUUAUUUAUAAAACAUUGAAUUUCAGUUGAUUAUGUUCUAAAUUAUAUGGUGUGAAAGAAUUGACUCAUACACAUUUAUGUUUAAUCAUUACAGUAAAUCAGUUUGAAACAAA